AUGCCCGGACACAUUAAGCAGCAUGCGCUGGCUGCUCUCAGUAGCCGCAAGACUGACGGCAAGGGUCUACGCGUGGCCAUUGUACAUGCCAAGUGGAAUUCGGAGGUGGUGAACGCACUUGUUGCCGCCGCUAAGACGGAGUUGCUGGAUGCCGGCGUGGUCGAGAGCGACGUGGUCAUCGCGGCCGUGUCGGGCGCCUAUGAGCUGCCGUACGCCGCGAGCCGCCUUAUUGCGUCGCAGAAACUGGACGCUGUGAUCUGCGUUGGCUGUCUCAUCAAGGGAGACACCAUGCACUUUGAGUACAUCUGCAACGCCGUGUCACAGGGCAUCAUGCGCGUCCAGCUGGAUACGGGCGUGCCCGUGCUCUUCGGCGUGCUUACGGUGCUGAACGAUCAACAAGCCAAGGAUCGCGCCGGCCUCUCGGAUAAGGGACACAAUCAUGGCACCGAGUGGGCGCAGACGGCCGUCGAGAUGGCGCGCCUACGCGAGGCCACGCUUAAGGGUGGCUGCCCCAUGCGGUCCCACGAGCACCUGCCAUACCACAGUCUGACCAACUGCCCAUUUUUCACGGUCUCAACGUGGCUGCACAUUGCCACCCUCGGCACGCUCGGUUUUGUCGCUGCUGUAGUCGCUAAGAAGCUCAUGUAG